GAUUGGAAACACUGCCUGGACCUACUACUCCUCUCAGUGGUUCGCAGAUUCCGUCUAUGAAGGUGACCAGCAUGCACCAGACGGCUCUGAGGCGAAGCUGAGCUACGGUGAAGGCAUGCACGCCUUCAGCAUGGGCGGUCAGUAUCGCUCGGGAUUUCAGCUGCUGGCAGCCUUGUCGAUUAUCGUGCUCCUGCUCCAGACUCGCUUGCGUCCACGCCUGAUCUAUGCUCCCUGCAUUUUCAUUGGGGCGAUUGUUAGCUUCCUUGCCGGCUACGUCGUUGGUCACAAUGCCGCCUUCGCGAUUAUCGUCUUCGUGUUUUCGAUCAUGCCGGAGACAGGAUCCUUUGCGAUCCCUUUUGG